UGUUAUGUGUAUAAAACACGCAUCAGUGGAACAAACGACACAUUUGUUCAGACAAUUUAAGUCCUGAAAUCUUAAAAAAUCUGAAACUGGUUCACAUUUACAAAUUUAAGAUAAUAAGAUAUUUGUUUAAUGCAUUUUUGUUUGCCCUUUUAUUAGCUACCAACAAUCCACAAAAGCGAACGCAUUUAGCGUAAUUUCCAAUUCGUUCAUAGGGCAACGCUGUGUCCCAUUGCGAGCAAAUAUUUACUAAAAACGCAGAAGUGAAAAGUAACAAAGCCUUGUGAAAAUUUAGUUUAUUUAUUAAGCAAUAGAAUUACAAGGAUGUCGUGGUUUAAUGUGUGGACGGGCAUCAAAACUAAAACAUGCAGAUAUCUUUUACAACGCUAUUUGGGCCAGUUUUUGGAAGAAAGACUUAACCUGGAGCAGUUGAAGGUGGACCUCUAUAAUGGCAAAGCCACAGUGAAAAAUGUUUCUUUAAAUAUAGAUGCAUUAAAUAAGCUAUUUGAAAGCCAUGGAUGGUCUGUGGAAGUUAUAAGCGGCCAUAUUGGACUUCUAACUGUGACUGUGCCUUGGAACGCUUUAAUGUCAAACAGCAGCUACAUUGAGAUUUCAGACGCUGUUAUUUCAGUAAGGCCAGUACAACGACAAAAUAAUGGAACGUCUAUGUUGGAAUCAAUGUGGUCGUCAGCUAGCAGUUCUAUGCAGUUGGCGGAAGAAUGCAUGAUGCAGAACGACGAUGAAAAUGAAGAAAAUUCAGAAGCAAACAACAAGUCAAUUCCUGGCCUUGAAAAGUUCGCUGAAACCAUAGACAAUAUAUUGAAUCGCAUUAAAGCUUCGUUUACAAAUACUGUUUUGCGUUUGGAAUAUCAAUCGUCAGAUAGUUCCAAAACGAUAUCACUAUGCUUCGAAAUUAACAAGUUGAUGUACGAAAAUGAGACUGGCUGCGAAAGGCAUCCUAAGGAAUCUUAUAUGGAAGGACGUCGAAACGAUAAUCCAAACUGCCGAUUGCCAACGUCCAGUAACGUAGAUGAGCAACAGGGAAAUAUAUACUUGCUGCCAAUGUUCGCUAAACACAACAUAAGCAUAAGUGGCUUGCGUUUGUGUACAGAAGAGCAGAAGACAAGUGCCGGAGCCUCGCGCUACAUCAGUGUAGAUAUAUCGAAAACUGGUGAUAUUCCCAUACUCGAAAUUAAUGAACACUUAAAUAUACGAAUCAAAAUGAAACAGUCGGAGAAUAUUAACGGACCAAAAGUUGUUAUUAACACCGAAAUGGGUUCAGUUUACACUUUGAUCACCCCCAGGCAAAUACACCUUAUUCUUAAACUAAUGGACGCAUUCCAGGACGACAGUUGUGACAUUCAAGCAGAAGAAAAUCUUGAAGUAAUUGCCUUUAACGACUACAAAAUGUAUCAUAAAAGAGACGAGCUGGUGGAACUUGGAAAUUGGAUUGAUUGUGAAGCUACGCCAACUAAUAGAGACACAUUACAUCAUUUACGGUUUGAUCGAAUAAAAGUUUUACCUAAAGGAUAUUCUCCUCCUAGUAGUUCAGUUAGCUCCAGUAGCACUGUAACUGGCUUGUCGAAGCUUCAACGAAAAACAUCAAGUUUAGAAUAUUCAGGAGAAAUUUUAAAUUUUUCCCUUAAAAUAUGCUCAUUUGUUUCUAUAAUACUAAUAGAAGACAUUUUGGUUGAGAGUUCCACCAACAACCAAAGUCCCUUAAAUAAAACCAGCGAGCAAAAUAUGACGCGCUUUGCCAACACAUUUUUUGAAAACUUAAGACGAGUUGUAGAUAAAAACAUGGACUCAAGUAAGUUAACAGAUGGAAAAAAUCACUUAUUUAUACGAGUAUUCCCAAUAAUUUCCGAGGGAAGCCAACAUAGGAUCAAACAUAUGCUGCUAUCUAAAUUUAAUAUAAUUGCGCAAAAGUUGGAUUUAUUUGAAGUCUUAAAUGGAAAGUCCUCUGAGUUAAUAACUUUCGAUCGAGCUGAUGGAUUCAAUGGUGCUGAUGUUUCUAUAAGCAUAAAAUCAGAUAUCAGUUCCAAGAUAAUCGAUAUAGCGCUGCAAAAAUGUGAGUUAGAAGUUGAUAUUUCUAUAUAUGAUCGACUCAGUGCAAUUUUGGGACCUUCGCCAUUUGCUACGUUUUCUUCAUACAAUACGCGCUGCUACUACUCGAAGCAGGAGACGCAAAAAUUAACACUCACUACAAAUUUAACGUCGACAUCGUUGGAAGUGAAGGUACGAUUUCCAAUAUUUGAUGCUAGGCCGAUUCACGAUCCAAAUCGCGUACCAUGGUGGCAACAAAACGUUCGUCGUGACUUUUUAUUAAUUUCAUUUAAUUAUGUGAGUAUAAAAAUUGUAUCUGGGGUGUGCGAACUACUUUCAAACGAGCUUAACGUCUAUUACGUUGAAGACAACUUAGAAGAUAAAGUCUGGGUUUUAAAAACUAGCUCCAGCUCAGACCAAGCAAAUGCGUUGGAUUACGUUAAAAUUACUGUCACAAUCCCUGACGAACAUUAUUGGACUAAGUUGAAAAAGAGUUGUUUGGAUAAACGAAUGUACGGCAACAGUUCAAGAGCACAUUCAGAUAGACUACCAUUUAGUGCAAAACGCGUAUGCAGAGAAAGCGAUACGUUGCACAAUAAACGAGACAAUACGGAGUCAGAAACUAUUUUGCUUCCCGGCGAAACUGAAGAAUUGAAAGAAUUCUGCAGCGCCACAAUGCGAACGUCAAAAAUUCAAGUUCAAAUAAAUGUUCCCAAUGUUGAAAUUGUACUAGGAUCAAAAAAAUUUUAUGAAGUCAUAUACAAUCGCUUCAAUUGCGAUCUCUUCAUGUGGGAGCCAAGUUCACCCAUUUUAAAUGCUCUCCACGUAGAUAGUACAGAAAAUAAACAGAGCAUAUACAAUAUUUCAGUUACACCAGCGGCCAGAUUAAGAAACAUUAAUGAUUCCUAUUUGUCUGAUUUUGAGGAAAGCGACUCAAACGGAAGUCACAAAAUUAACCUUAAAAAUAUCUCAAUGGCGGAGAGCAUAUAUUUCUCAAUACAUGAUCCUAUUAAAUCACAAGAGUUGGAACAUGAAGAACCUGAUUUUCAAAAAAGCAAAUGUUCUGUAGAAAUUUUUAUACAAAAAGGAUCCGUUGGACUAUUUCUACCUAUACGUAAUAAAGAAAAUCUUAUUAUACCUGAGGAUGUGGGUAAAAUUGACAUUAAGGUGAAUGAGCUUAAAAUAUUUUCUGUUAGUGGAUAUAACGAAAAUAGAAAUUUGUGCUAUUUAUGCCUCGAAGUAGGCGAUGUUAAAAUGGAUCAUUGCGGUCUAAUACAUGAAAUGUAUACUAAGCUUUUUGCAUGUGGCUCUACCGAAUCUGAUCGAUAUAUGCGAAAGACCAUUUAUAAAACUCCCGAGGGCUUGUCAAAGUCAAAUCAACCAAUAAUGAACGAAAGACAGAUGAUGUCCUUGGUGAUAGAAACAAAACGUGUGACUGAUCAGAGGAUAAAACGAUUGAGGGUUACUACCAGCAUUCAACAGGCAACCCUACGAUAUAAUUCAAUGUUAUCCAACCAAUUUUGGUUGCACCAACUUAUUGACUUUCUUGAUGUUGUCGAUUAUCCUAUAGAAGGUUACGCGCCAUACGGUAUAAUCACGGAAAUGCAAUUGCAUCUGUGGAACUGUGCAAUCGACUACAGACCAUCAAAUUUUGACUACAGAGCUCUUUUGGAAUUAGGUGCUUUUACGAUUAGCAGCAAUGUUAUAUCUUCGGUGAAUGGAUGCAAUCUGAGGUUUAUAAUUGAAGAAUUUAUUCUCUCCAUAGCACCUUGCAAGGAAUCAACCAAACAUGAAAAAAUACUAAUUGAAUCGAGGUAUUUAGUACCAGUACUUGAUAUAGGACUGUUCGACAUAUCGUUAAGGUUAAAUGAAAACUCGUCAGGAAAGCAUCCUAAAUUUGAUCUGAGAUGUUCGGUGAACGAUGCACAUUUAAGAACUUGCAGCGAUUCUGGAAAAGCCCUGGCACAACUCAUUGAACACUUGGCUAUGGAUGGAGACUCUCUUGAAACUGAUCAAAAUGAGACAGGUGGAACUUCCCAGAAAUCCGAAAAUUAUGAAAUUGAAUCCAGUUUUCUAGAUGAACCAAAUCAAUCUCAACAAGAGUGGCAACAAGAAAGGGUAAAUUUAAUGAUGGCAGAGGCGCUCCAAGAAACUGUCACAAUAAGCGUUUCGCCCUCAACAUCGAAGAACCCUGGUUUUACUGAUCACGGCAUUGAACCAUACUAUUUUCCAGAUGAAGAACAGACUAACCCAUCAGACCUCGAAUACGAUGAAGGUAAUGAAAUUUCCGAAAUUCUUAACUUUGAACAUCAUGUCAUGUCGACAUCAUAUUCAGCAGCCGAACCUAGUACAGAUGUGCUGCCGCAGGUGAAAUCUGAUUUGGGCGAUGUAAACCUGGAACCAAGACACAACGUGUAUCCGCGCAGGCCCCAAGAGGACGAAUAUUGUGUUAUUUCUGAAAAUGAGAGACAGCUGGUGUCGCAAUGUGGAGUUCGCGACGUAAAAGUUUGCGAAGAUCCGCUGCGAAUUGUAGACAAUCAUUUUUGUUUGCCUUCUAACAAGAUCGAUUUGCUCAAAUCUCCAUAUGAUUUUCCUAUCCCUGUUUCCCGUUAUACGCUUUGCGAAAUGACUUUCACUUGGCAUUUGUACGGCGGCAACGAUUUCAUAUCAAUCCCAGAGAAUAUGAGCGCAACAAGUGAAGCCAGUCACUUGCGUAUGUCUGAUGCUUAUAAACACGGCGUCUCAUAUUCAAAAGCAGAUAAUAGCGUUCAUGGUGCAAAUAAACCGAAAGAUCUAUCAUGGAAAACAAUUGGCGGGGUACAGCGAAAUCAUGGGGUCAUCGUCGAAAUUCAGCUUACAAAAGUUCGCUUAUCAUAUGAAAUAUAUCCAAACUACACAGCCCAAGCUUCGCGUCAAGUUUUAGUUAUAAACGAUAUUGAAAUAAGGGAUCGCUUGCAGUCGUCCGAAAUAAAUAAAUUUCUAUAUCAUCCCAGCACAAGGACUACAUCGCAUAAAAGUCCGCAACAAAUGGUGGUUAUAAAAGCUCUACAUGUUCGACCAAAUCCAAAGCUCAGUGCAGCAGAAGAGUGUUCACUUCGGAUAUCGUUGCUGCCGAUGCGGCUCCAUAUCGAUCAGGACACAUUAAUUUUUUUGGCAGACUAUUUCACUAAUAUGGGAAAUAACAUGAAAGAGGCACAUGCUACGGACAAUCCGCCUCCAGAAGCGCAUGCCCCUGUUAUGGAUGUUGGGCCAUCUGAAUUAGAGAACGAACUACAAGCAAGAAAACUAAUAUCGACGAAUCUGGAAUUACUCGAAAAUGAGGUAAUGAAUAAAUCGCUGGCACAAAUGGAAGCAAAAGAAAAACAUUCGCCAAUUUACUUUCGCGAGGUAUUAUUUAGUCCAGACGUGCCAAUACGUUUCGAUUACCACGGACAUCGCGUUGAGUUGUCACGCGGCCCAAUUGCAGGGCUGUUGAUGGGUUUGGGCCAGUUACAAUGCUCCGAAAUCCGGUUAAAAAAAAUUAUUCACCGUCGUGGAUUCCUAGGCAUUGAAAAGUUAGUAACAUAUCUAUGCAAGGAGUGGUUGAAGGAUAUUAAAAGGAAUCAAUUACCAAAAAUUUUGAAGGGUGUUGGGCCAACUUAUUCAUUUGUGCAAUUUAUACAAGGUGUAAUUGAUCUAUUUCGCCUACCGAUUGAGCAAUAUCAAAGGGAUGGUCGCAUAAUCCGAGGACUUCAGCUCGGCGCACAAAGUUUUACAGCCAGAACUGCUCUCGCUGCGCUCGAAAUAACAUCACGUAUCAUUCAACUUUUACAGUUCACAGCUGAGACAGCCUUUGAUAUGGUGUCUUCUGGGCCUUCCGUUGGAAGAGUGCGCAAGCAUCGUAAGGAUAAAAAGAAACGAGCGCAACGACCAAAAGACGUACGAGAAGGAGUGACAAAUGCGUACCUGAUAGUGAAGGAGGGGAUAAAUGAUUCCGCUGCCAAUCUCAUAGAAACAGCUGUAGCAGAGCACGAUCAAAAUGGUUAUACGGGAGCUGUAGGAGCUGUAAUGAGACAAAUACCGCAGCUGGUAGUUUGCCCAGCAGUUUUGGCCACUCAGGCUACAACCAACAUCUUGGGAGGAGUUAAAAGCUCUCUUGUACCUGAAGCUAAAGUUGAAGCUCGUGAAAAGUGGAAAACGGACAAUGAUUAAAUUUUCUCUUUCAUAUGUAUUUAUACAUAACUAUGUAAUUGAUUAGAUAAGUAUGGUGCAUUCUAAUAAAUAGAUUUUAUACGUUUGAAUGAAAAUACAA